AUGUGCAAAUCGUGUAAUGCUGGAGUUAGUGAAACUCCAGAACAUAUGAUUCUUCAUUGUGCUUUUGCCAAGAAUGUUUGGCCCAACAUACCUGUUGUCAGUCAGCUUGUUUCACAGGAUUUGGAUGGAGAAAUUAAGGAUUGGAUCUCAAAAUGGCUUACGACUAAGAAUCUGCAGGAUAAAUCAGCUACUGUUUUGACCACUGCCUGGUGCAUCUGGAAAGAUAGAUGUUCCAAAGUCUUUGACAAUAAGUCUUUAAAUCCUCAAUUUACUGCUAGAACUGCACUGAGAAUUGCCGAGGAAACUGUCAAUUCCCUUGCUUCUGCUUCUGCCUCUAAUGCUAGUAAUACAGUUUCUGCAAGUGAGAGUAAUUUUCUUAAUACUAUUCAUCAUGAUAGCCUCCUUAUAUUAUGUGAUGCAUCUUUUGAUAAAUAUACUAACAAAUCUGGUGUGGGAAUUGUGGCAAUGAACCCUACAGGUGAUUUCAAAUCCUGCAAACUAGUCUCAGGAAGGGAUGCUUGUUCUGAAGGUGCUGAGAGUGUGGCAAUACUAGAAGUUGCAAGAUGGAUCAAAGCAAAAAACUUUCGUAAUUUCUUCUUAAUUAGUGAUGCCAAAAAUAUUAUGGCUUAUCUUAAUAAUUGCAAAGGCCAAACUAGUUGGACCUCUUGCUCUGUUUUAAAUGACUGCUUGUUUCUUUUAAAAGAUAUUCAACAUCUUAGAUUCAAAUAUCUUAAGAGAGAACUUAAUAGUGCCGCAGAUUUAGCUACAAAACACGGUAGAAUUGGGAAUGUAACGGGACAGGAGAAUGGGAUGAAUUCAAUCUUCCCUACUUUCUCUAAAAUGACGUAA